UUGCAUCCAGUGAAAAAGGCAAUCAUGGAAGUCGCCGACAAGACGCUCUCCAUGCUGUCCGUGGGCAGCAACGAUGACCUGUAUAUCCGGCGACAGAGCACGCUCUUCAGAGAACUGGAAAUGCUCCUAGACUUGAACCCGCGCGAGCUGAGCUCCAACCUCCUCGCCCUGCCGCGGGAACUACGAAGUCUGAUCCUGGAAUACGUCCUCCCAGAGGCCACACGGGACACGCGCCCAGAACUCCACACAAACCUCUGGGGCGCGGACAUGAUCCACGAACCCUGGCGACACGACGUCUUUGGCUACGGCCGCCAGGUUCCCAAAGUGCAGAGAUUACACCCCAACCUCCUCCUGGUCAACAAACAGCUGCGCAACGAGCUCCUGGCAUGCUACUUCCGCCGCAGCAAACUCACGCUGCACGCCGAACUCCGCAACUCGCGGGGAAACAACUGGCACUUUGACUACUCGCCGCAUAUCCUGCAACUCCCCAUGCUGCCGUGCGUCUCGCACGUGCGCUUCUACGUGGAAUGGAACUACACCAUCUCGAAUCCGACGGCCCGCAUCGACGACCAGGUCCGCAUGACAAAGGACCUGAUCCAAGCCAUGGACACGCUGCUCAACCCCUUGGAAGCAGUCGAAACCAUCGAGCUCUCCAUUCUGUUCUUCUGGAAAUUGCGCUCGGGCAAAUUCUACCCGCUGUCCAUGCAGGACCUGUUUGAUCUGGAAAACGUCUUCAAAGCCAACGCUGAACCGCGGUGGCUGAGGAUCUUGCACUCCCCUUCCCCCUCUUCCUCCUCCUCAUCAGCAACAGCAGCAGCAGCAGCAAAUAAGAAGUCGGAUUUCCUAUCCCCAGACACCCACUCCGCAGGCGUAGGCUACAAGCUCUCCUCGGAAGACAAAGGCACAGAGCAGAGCGGCGGCAUGGAGAUUUUCGUCUCGAGAGAUUUGGAAGAGUCCAUGAGAGCGCGGCGGAAAAGCAGUGCGGAUUUCUUUGGGAAUUAUGAGAUUGCCGAUCCGUUGCCCCACCCGGGGUAUGAGCACGGGAAGAUGAUUUGAGAGUGGUACGUCUAUGUAUACGUAUUCUUGUAUGUCUGUGUACGGGCGCGUGUGUGUCGAUGGUCGGGGGAAACGAGGGGGAAAUAUAUACAUGUAUGGUACUUACUGGGAGAUGAGAUGGAUAUACCCUUUUCAUUGUAAGACGGGUGGUUGGAACGGUGGCCAGAUGAGCAAGUGAGCGUGUGUGUAUCUAUUGGAUGUUUAGUAGAUGCCAAACUUUUUCCAGUAUUGUGU